AUGUCACUUAUUAGCGCCGUAACCGACAUACAUCUCGUUCUUGUUCCCCUGGCUAGAGAAAAGCGGUCACCUCCGGCCCGACCUGGCCGACACUUUGCCCUUGAUGUAGACGGAGAAGAUCGCGCCUCGACAACUCGUGGAAGACCGACAGCGAGAUUUGCUUCUCCAGUCCACCACAAACAGCAAUCGUUUGAAAAAGUUGAGACAGAUACAAUUCAUACCAAAGAUGCCAUCGAAAUCUAUCCCAAAGACCAACGGGGCAAGGAAUUGGAUAAGAACGCACGCAUAUGGCGUAUAUAUACGGAUGAGGCGCGCAAAGCCGACGCACGGAUGACAGAGGGCUGGAAUCGAGGCAUAGACAUACUGCUCGUUUUCACUGGAUUAUUCUCCGCCGUCCAGACAACGUUUAUCAUUCAAACAUACCAGAUGAUGGUCCCCAACGACACUGACACCACCAACACCCUUCUUGUCCGACUCAUCUCGCUGCAGUCUGGAAAUACGUCCCUCGCCAACUUAACCGCUACGUCCUCUGGACCCCAAACUCACUGGGUCAACGGACUUUGGUUCGCGGCGUUGGCAUGCAGCCUCUCUACUGCUCUCAUUUCGAUGCUCGCAAAGCAGUGGCUGCAGGUCUAUGUCCCGCAUGUCUCCGGUACUCUCCGAUAUCGCUCACGCCAACGACAAUCACGCUACAUGCAGCUGGAAGCGUGGCACGUCCCCGCCAUUAUAGAUGCACUACCACUGCUUUUACACGUCGCGUUGCUGCUAUUCUUCGCGGGCUUAAUAGUUCUCAUGUGGACCGCGGACCUCGUUAUCACCAUCGCGACAUGGGUAAUAGUCGCGUUUGCUUACAUUUUCUAUCUCAUCUCUGUCUGCCUCCCUUUGAUGUACGAUGAUUGUCCGUACUUUCACUCUGUCACCGAUUACCUUCGUCAGGCAAUAGGAUCAUGGACCACCAGACAUCCAGUCACGCAAACCAAAACUCUCCUACAUGCGAAGAAAAAUCCAGGAGAUGGUGCCCGUAACGCGAGCCAUGACCUAGUAAAGUCCUCAGAUGCCGUGUUCGAAGAUAUGCUGGACGCUUCAGCCUUAAUAUGGCUCUUCUCUAAAUCGGCCGACACCGAUGUCAUUUCCGCCGCCUUGCAAGCUCUUGCGGGAUUGCCCCGAUAUUUCUCUGCCCUAGAUGACCUCCGUGAAGCCGAUGCAUUAGCUCUGGUGGAACAAGGUUUUCAAGACUAUUUUCAUAAAGACACUACUGUGGAUUUGCAAUGGCACUUGAUCGAUGCCGAGGUGGCAGAGUUGUACUGCAGGGCAUGGAUACAUUUGACUCGAGGAACCUCUGAGCAGUGGCCUUUGGAGAUCAUCGAGCCUCUCUGGCUACUUCAAGACUCCAAACUGCAUCCUGAUGCCGCUGCUAUAGCAUCUUGCGCGGUCGCACUUUCCUCAUUUGAAUCUCAAGUAUCACAGUGGGAUCCGUUAGCAUAUCUCUCCAAAUGCAUAUCGGGAGAACUACAGCUGUCUCAAACAACUCAGUGUUGUUUAUUGGACAGUGUCAUUGAAUGCAUGGUUCUUUGGGAGAUGCCUGCAGCUGUUAUUGAAGAGACAACGGUUCGGGCGAUCCCCACCUUGCUGCAAAUCCUGCAUCUCACUGGAGACUUGCCUACUUCUAACCUUUGA